CCGGCGACAGCAGCGGGCCGUGGCUGCUGCAUCUGUGGUUGUCAGUCGCUCUGAGAGCCACUCUGCGCAUUCCUCCCCUAAUGGAAGAGGCACGGGGAUUGUGGGAUUAAAAUGGGGAUUGGGAGAACGUUUUUAGUGGACGGGAUUUAUUUUAUUUCCAUGAUAUAUGCCAAAGGGCCCGAGUGUUAAAUCACACACGGAUAAUACAUGAUGAUGAUGAUGGUGGUAAUACUGUGCAGGUGCGCGCGGUUGUGCUACUGUUUGGAUUUCGCCACUGUGUGAUUUCGGGAGUGUGUCGCGGCGUGUGUUGUUCGGCUCGAUGUCCGACGUUUCGCUCCGCGGGCUGCUGGGCGAGCUUCUUCAGGAAAAACUGAAUGUCUGCAGACAAAAAAAAUCUGACAUAGCUAAUGCCCGCUUCGGUAGAAGAUGCGUGAACUAAUUAACGUAUGUCAGACUUAGGCACAAAUUACAAAGCGCGCAUUUGAGGUGGGCUGAUGUCACGGCGGAGGCGUUAGCACGUGGGUGAGAUGGAGCAGCCUCACUCGAUUCCCGAGGUCACGACCUCAUGGAGCUCAACGUCCGCAGAACGUCGAUGUCGAUUGAAUUCGGUCGUGAAAAGCCUUUCAGUCACCGGUGAGCCGGAGAAGCUUUGUGGGUCAGAAUGUGGUUAAUACAUCAGCCACGUAUAUAUGAUAACGUAUUGUAUUUGUAAACGUGACAAUCUCGUCGGGUGGUGGAGGGGUAAUGACACGAAUUGUGGCACAAAACUACCAUCACGUAGCCUAACCCAAAAAUAAACGUGGAUCAGAGUAAUAACAAAGAUGAUCGUGUCGGUCAUGGUAAUCACGCUGAUAGCGGUCGUGAUGAUAAUUCCGAUGUCGACACUGCUGAUUAUUAUACAUCUACUUCUGCUGAUGAUAACGAUGCUGCUUAUGAUUAUGAUGCUGCUGAUGAUGCUGCUGCUGUCGAUGCUUUUACUGAUGAUGCUGCUGUUUGGCCCCUGGGCCCCGUGGCGUCCACUCAGUGCGGGUGAAGUGGGGUCGCCAACUCCACUGCGUCACGGAGCUCGAUACGAGCCGCCCGCCGCUGGCGUUCAAGUCUCGCCUCUUCUCCCUCACCGGGGUGCGCCCCGAGCGACAGAGAGUGGUGCUGCUGGGCACACAGCUCAAGGACCACAGCUGGGGGAUAUUGAAGCUCAGAGAUGGUGUGACGGUGCUGCUCGUCGGCACGACGGACGAGCUGCCCCUGGUGCCACCGGAUCGGCCCCUGUUUGCGGAGGACAUGUCCCGAGGAGGGCACCUCCCUUCUGCGCUGGCGCCACCCGUGGGGCUGCUGAACCUGGGCAGGAGCUGCUACCUGAGCGCCGUCGUGCAGUGCCUGGGCAGCAUCCCCGAGCUCCGAGCGGCACUCGCCGGGUGAGCGACGGGUACUCACCGGGUGGGGUACUCACCUGGUGA